UAUGGCGGGAUCUCGAAAGGAAAAGUUAUGCUUGGAUAUCUAAUUGUGUUUACAUACAGUUGCUGGGAUAUUUGUUAAGUUGUAUACAUCACAACCAUGAGUACCAGACACAGCAGUGAUGUAAAUUCGCCGUCGGCGAUGCUGCAGCGGCUGUGUUGUAAAGUUACGGGGCUGUCAGACGAUGCAGUACUUCCUCAUUACCAGUUUGCUCUGCGCAUCCUCGGCAGCAAUUUUGCUCCUCCCAUUGAGAGUGAUGAAUUUCAGGUUUCUGAAAAAAUCAAGCGGCAGCUGGUUCGGAAGGGUCGAGAAAAGGAUGCAGCAAUCUUCUCGGAGUUACAUCGGAAGCUUCAAGCACAAAGUGGUCUGAAGAACCGAUGGGCAUUGCUGUACCUGCUGAUGUCUCUGAGUGAUAAUGGCGCCAAGUCUGGGAACAAGAGUGCUUUCAGCAGCUCAGUGUUCGGACAGAAUCUCUCAACCUAUGCCACCUCCACCCCUUUCCACCCUGCAGCACGGGUGGGGCGCGAUGUCCCCAGGGUGGGGCAGGACACCCCAGGGAUUGGGGUGUCUGGUGUCCACUCCACGUCUCACAGCACCGCCAGCAGCGGCAUCAGCAGCAUUCACAGUGGGCGCAGCGACGGUCCGACACCAGUGCCACAGACCUAUAUACCAAGUUACCUAGCAACGCCAGCCCAUAAUCCAGCUGACCUGGAUCGAAUAGGACGAGGACUUGGAGGACGGCUUGCACAGAGUCUCAGCAAGACACGCGAUACAGAAUUGUCGGUGGUGACCAAGAACCGAGGUGUGCCGACAUCGAUUACAAUACACAGGGGAGAAAACAAGUCGUUUGAGAUACCAGAGGCAGACCUGUUGAAGGACCUGAUCUAUGCCUUUCAGGGCAUUGAGGGCAACUGGAUCAAGUUCGACUCAAGCAGAGAGGGCUACCGGAUAGACCCCACAGCGGGAAUCCCGAAGGCGGUGCGGCAGCUGAUCAGCAAGCUGGCCGAGUGUGGCUGGCUGUAUAACAAGAUCAAGGCCUACGUGGAGACGCGCAGCUCGGACAAGGCGUUCGGCCUCGUGGGACAGAGUUUCUGUGCCGCCUUGCAUCACGAGAUGACGGAGUUCUACCGGUUGAUUGCAGUGCUGGAGGCACAGCUGCAGCAGGAACAGGACGAGGGGUUUUCCGAGUCGCAGCCCGGCCUGACGCUGCGCCGACUGAUGGUGUGGACCUUCGACCCCCUCGUCAGGCUGAAGUCUCUUGCUGCACUGGUGGAUGUGUGUAAAGGGAAAAAAGGCGGAGCUCUUGCUUCAAGCAUCUACUCGUACAUGCAGCAUGGCGACCCCUACAUUCGAGCCCUCAUCAAACACACACUCACCAUGGUUUCCCAGCCAAUAUACGCUACCCUGCUGCGAUGGGUCUACGACGGCGAGCUGGAAGACACGUACCAUGAGUUUUUCGUGGCUUCGGACCCGACUGUGAAGAACGCUCUCCUGUGGUAUGACAAGUACAGUCUGCGGAAGUCCAUGAUCCCAACGUUUGUCACCACAGAGCAGGCCAGGAAGAUCCUGUUGACGGGGAAGACCAUCAAUUUCCUCAGACAGGUGUGUGAGGAUCGCACACCCACUAAGGGCAGGGAGGUCGCGAUGACCUUCGAUGUCCAGAAAGCGGAGUCGAUGCUGACGCAGGACACGGUGACGGAGUUCCAGUUGAUGGUGGACACGGUGUACAAGGACACGAGCCAGCAUCUCCUCGAUGUCUUCAACAACCAGUACAAGUUCCUCGAUCAUCUCAAGGCGAUGCGGCGGUACCUGCUGCUGGGACAGGGAGACUUCAUCCGACACUUGAUGGACUUGUUAGAGGAGGACCUGGCCAAGCCGGCCAGCAACUUGUACCUCCAUAACCUGACCGGCAUCUUGGAGACGGCCAUCAGGGCAACUAACGCCCAGUUUGACGACUCCGACAUCCUCAAGAGGCUGGACGUCCGGCUCCUGGAGGUAUCUCCAGGGGACACGGGCUGGGACGUCUUCAGUCUGGAUUAUCACGUGGACGGCCCGAUACGCACUGUGUUCACGCCCCAGUGUGUCAUCAUGUACCUGCGCGUGUUCAACUUCCUGUGGCGGGCCAAGAGGAUGGAGUACAUCCUGGCUAUCAUCUGGAAGAACCAGAUGACCUUCGCUCGGCAGCUCCGCACAAUACCAGAGCUGAAGGGUAUCCUGCACCAGUGCCACGCCCUGGGCUGUGAGAUGGUGCACUUCAUACAACAGGCCCAGUACUACAUCAACUUCGAGGUGCUGGAGUGUUCCUGGGACGAGCUUCUCACCAAGGUGCGGGAAGCCGAGGACCUGGACUACAUCAUCGCAGCCCACCAGGUGUUCCUGGACACCAUCGUCUCCAGGUGUCUCCUUGACGACAAGUCCAGGGCCAUCCUCACCCAGCUGCGGACCAUCUUCGACCUCAUCAUCCAGUUCCAGGCCGCUCAGGAGAACUUCUACCAGGCCGCCAACUCCGAGAUGGACGCCCGAGAACACUUCCAGAGUCGCCUCAAGGCCAGAACAGCAGAGGGAGAGUGGGGAGUGACGGAGGCGGAGGAGAUGGAAGAGAAACAGAGACAGAAUGACUUCCUGAAAAACAUCAUCCCUUCCACCCGAGCUCAGCUCAUUGUGUUGGCCCAGUCGUAUCAGGACAUGGUGCAACAGUUCCUGGUCAUGUUAACUAGUCAUCAAGACGUCAGUCUCCGCUUCCUCAGCUUCCGGCUCGACUUCAAUGAGCACUACAAGGCCCGGGAACCCAAACUGAAGUCUCCCCUGGCGUACCAGCGGGUGAAGAGGACCCGGUGAGGAUCUCCCGGGAACCCAAACUGAAGUCUCCCCUGGCGUACCAGCGGGUGAAGAGGACCCGGUGAAGAUCUCCCGGGAACCCAAACUGAAGUCUCCCCUGGCGUACCAGCGGGUGAAGAGGACCCGGUGAAGAUCUCCCGGGAACCCAAACUGAAGUCUCCCCUGGCGUACCAGUGGGUGAAGGGGACCCGGUGAUCUCCCGGGAACCCAAACUGAAGUCUCCCCUGGCGUACCAGCGG